CAUCAAAUAAUUUUACCAAGUCAUUGCCCUUCUUCUCUCUAUAAAUCUCUUCCACUUGCUUAUCUUCUCCUCUCAGUCACAACCUUCUCCUUCCCCCCUCCUUCCUCUACCUUCUUCCUCUUCUUCAUCAUCAUCAUCAUCAUCUUCUUCUUCUUCUUCACGUUGCCCGGGCGCUUACGAGUUUUCUUUCCCAUUAGACCUCCGAGAUUAUAACUCCCAGUUGCUUUUUUUCUCAUCCAAGAUCACAUCCAAUUCGGUUUUGUCUCAUUUUUGUGCCCGUGAAUUGUUCAUCUCCGGUUUACGGCUUCAUUCGAACGACAACGGACCUCUACAUUGUUGUUGUCAUUGUUUUCGGUCGAUCAAUAUUGCUGUUUUUCCCGACAAACACCAGUACAGCAAGGAAGUAAGUUGGUUGCUUAUUAUCCUGUGUGACACGGCGCAUUGAAAGACCGUGGGACCCACCAAUCACAUGGAGCUAUCGACCGCCUUUAUGCUCCUAUCGGCCGCUGCGGCCUACUUGCUCUGGUUCAAGUUCAUCACUAGGUCGCUGAGCGGUCCCCGUGUAUGGCCCUUAGUCGGCAGCCUGCCCGGGCUCAUCAGGAACUCGAACCGCAUGCAUGAGUGGAUCGCAGAGAACCUCCGCGCGUGCGGCGGCACCUACCAGACCUGCAUCUCCCCGAUCCCUUUCCUCGCCCGGAAGCAGGGGCUUGUGACGGUCACUUGUGACCCGAAGAACCUGGAACAUAUUCUGAAGGCCCGGUUCGAUAACUACCCAAAGGGGCCAACGUGGCAGGGGGUGUUCCAUGACCUGCUUGGGGAUGGGAUCUUCAACUCGGAUGGCGAGACUUGGGUGUUCCAACGCAAGACUGCCGCGUUGGAAUUCACCACCAGGACUCUCCGCCAGGCCAUGGCUAGGUGGGUGAGUCGGGCCAUUAAGAACCGGUUCUGUCCGAUCCUCAAGAUAGCUCAGCUUGAGGGCACGACCGUGGACCUCCAGGACCUAUUGCUUCGGCUGACAUUCGAUAACAUAUGUGGGCUGGCUUUUGGUAGGGACCCGCAGACGUUGUCCCAGGGGCUCCCUGAGAACGGCUUCGCCACAGCAUUCGACCGAGCCACGGAGGCCACAUUGCAGCGGUUCAUCUUGCCGGAGAUCAUAUGGAAGCUAAAGAAAUGGCUGAGGCUUGGGAUGGAGGUCAGCCUGAGCCGAAGCCUCAACCACAUUGACAGCUACUUGUCCGACAUCAUCAAUACGCGAAAGCAAGAGCUGCUGAGUCAGCAGGGUGGCAACCUCCACGAUGACCUGUUGUCGAGAUUCAUGAAGAAAAAGGAGUCCUACUCAGACAGAUUCCUCCAGCAUGUUGCACUCAAUUUCAUCCUAGCAGGACGCGACACGUCAUCCGUCGCGAUGAGCUGGUUUUUCUGGUUAGUCAGCCAAAACCCCCGAGUGGAAGAGAAGAUCCUCCUCGAGAUCGGUGCCGUCCUAAUGCAGACACGUGGCAGUGACACCACCAAGUGGGUGGAGGACCCGCUGGUGUUCGAAGAAGUCGACCGGCUGAACUACCUCAAAGCGGCACUGUCCGAGACGCUGAGGCUGUAUCCAUCAGUGCCCCAGGACUCGAAGCACGUGAUCGCAGAUGAUGUCCUACCGAGCGGGGACUUCGUGUCCGCUGGCUCAAAUAUCACCUAUUCCAUCUACUCUGUCGGCCGCAUGCCAUUCAUCUGGGGGGAUGACUGCCUCGAGUUCAAGCCUGAGCGGUGGCUCUCCCCCGACUGCAUGAAGUAUGAGGUGAAGGACUCCUACCGGUUCCUUGCAUUCAAUGCGGGACCAAGGAUAUGCCUGGGGAAGGACUUGGCGUACCUGCAGAUGAAGUCCGUGGCGGCGGCAGUACUGCUGCAGCACCGGCUCAUGGUUGCACCGGGGCACCGGGUGGAGCAGAAGAUGUCACUGACACUGUUCAUGAAGUAUGGUCUCAGGGUUCACGUGCACCCGAGGGACUUGAGGUCUAUUGUAGCAAGCUUACAGAAGGAUCAGUCGCACGUUAAAAAUGGCGUCGUCAACGGGAACCAUAGUCCGGUGGUUGAAGUGGUUAACGGAUUUGCUUAAUUGACUUCUUUUUCCUUAAUCCAACAUGGGAGGGAAAGUUUGGCUUUUGUCUAAUUUUGUCAAUAUAGGCAUAAGAUGAAUCAUCUGUCUAGUUGUACUAUAGUUCCAUCAUAUAAGUUGUUAUGGGCAAAUAAGUCAGCAUAUAAUUAUAGUAUUGAAUAUAAAUCUCCAUAUAUAUACAUGUGUACAAAUAUGAUUGAAAUGAA